UCAAUCUCAAAAAACAAAAUAAAAUAAAAAAAGCUUAGAAAAUAAUCAAAUAACUUGCGAUCGGUUAUAUCUAAGAUGGAGAAUUUCAUAAUCCUCGUAAUCUCAUCGUUUAUGCUUAUAACUUCAAUUACUUAUCCUUCUCCUUCGUAUGCCAUAACUACACGUCGAUUUCACUUCAACAUCGAAUGGAAGAAAGUGACUCGGUUGUGCCACACGAAACAGCUCUUGACGGUGAACGGCCAGUUUCCGGGGCCGAUGGUGGCCGUCCGUGAAGGCGACACCGUCGAGAUCAAAGUUACGAAUCGUAUAUCCCACAACACAACUAUUCAUUGGCACGGUUUAAGGCAAUACCGAACCGGUUGGGCAGAUGGGCCGGCUUACAUCACACAAUGUCCCAUAAGACCGGACCGGUCGUACACGUACCGGUUCGUGGUAGAGGACCAAAGAGGAACACUCCUAUGGCAUGCUCACCAUUCCUGGCAGAGGGCAUCCGUCUAUGGUGCCUUCGUCAUCUAUCCUCGACGGCCCUAUCCGUUCCCUUACCCCGUUCGAUCCGAAAUCCCUAUUCUACUAGGGGAAUGGUGGAAGAGGGAUGUGGAUGACGUGGAGAAGGAGAUGAUGAAGAGUGGAGCUGGUCCUAUGGUCUCCGACGCCUACACCAUCAACGGCCUUCCCGGCCCUCUCUACCCUUGUUCCUCCAAAGAUACGUUCACUCGGGAAGUGGAAGCCGGAAAAACCUACGUCCUCCGUAUAGUCAACGCGGCUCUGAACAACGAGCUCUUCUUCGCCGUCUCGAACCACACCCUCAUCGUCGUCGAAGUCGAUGCGGUUUACACUAAACCGUUCCAAACCGGUUCCAUCAUGAUCGCCCCCGGCCAAACCACCAUCGUCCUCCUCCGCACCCUCCAUUUCUCCGGCGACUCCUUCCCCAUCGCCGUCGCUCCCUACGUCACCUCCGUCUUCCCCUUCAACAACUCCACCGCCCUCGGCUUCCUACGCUACAAGGGCAAACCCUCCUCGCUCGUCCCCUCACGCGCCGCCGAGGUGCGCGUGCCUUCGUCGCUUCCCGGGAUGCUGGACACGGAGUUCGUGACGAGAUUUUCCGACAGCGUCAGGAGCCUGGCGACGGAGGAGUACCCGUGUCGGGUUCCGUCAGAGAUCGACAAGCGAGUGAUCACCAUGAUCAGUCUGAAUCUACAGGAUUGUCCGGCGAAUCGAACCUGCGAAGGAUACGCGGGGAAAAGAUUCUUCGCAUCCAUGAACAACAUCUCGUUCGUCCGCCCACCGGUCUCGAUCCUGGAGAGCUACUAUAAGAAUCGGACAAAGGAGGUGUUCGACCUAGAUUUCCCCGACAAACCCAGGAAGAGAUUCGAUUACACUGGGGUCAAUCCCUUGUCGGAGAACAUGAACACUGAGUUCGGAACGAAGCUGUUCGAGGUCGAAUUCGGAGCGAGAUUGGAGAUCGUAUUUCAAGGGACGAGCUUUCUGAACACGGAGAAUCAUCCGAUUCACGUCCACGGGCACAAUUUCUUCGUUGUGGGAUCUGGGUUCGGAAAUUUCGAUCGGAAGAAGGAUCCGGAGAGGUACAACCUCGUGGAUCCGCCGGAGAGAAACACGGUGGCGGUUCCGACAGGUGGGUGGACAGCGAUUCGGAUCAACGCCGACAAUCCAGGGGUUUGGUUCAUCCACUGUCACCUCGAGGAACACACUUCUUGGGGUUUGGCGAUGGGUUUUAUCGUCAAAGAUGGAUCUUUGCCUUCGCAGAAAUUGCUUCCUCCUCCUCGCGAUCUUCCUCAGUGUUGAAAUCUUCGAUUUUGGUUUCCAGAGUUUAUGAUUUUCUUUUCUUUUCCCCUUCCAAGAAAAAUCUCAGUUUUGGCGGUGAAUUUGUACUCAUGGAAACGGUUUCCAGAUCGAUUAAAG